AUGUCCAGCCAAGCUACCGCAAUCUCCGGCACCACCGGCGCUGCUGAGAACACCAUGGAAUGGGAUCAUCCCCCGCAGAGACGCAAUUGCGACUGUCCCUUGGUGUCCAAGCCUAGCAUCGACAUCAGCACGGACGAUCGUGGUUUGUCCAAGAUGGAGAAGACAUUUCACUUCUCGAAGUUCUUUGCCAGCAGGGAUUUGAUCUGUGUUCAUCAUCUCGGCUGCAAGAUCAAAGACCUUGAGUGGACCCUCAAGAAGACUCUCAUACUUCAUGACGAAACGCAGACGACCCUUCACGCCAUCGAACAAAUUGCCCCACGGCUAAGCGGCGCUACGCUAAUCAGCUUCGCGACGGAAGAACGGGCCACUCUUGUUAGCCUGGCCAACGACAUGGGCCUUGGCAUCGAGAAACUGGCCAACUCGGUCAGACCCGACUACCCUAUGCAGCAGGCCUUCGAGAUCCUUGUUCGCGAUGUCCACGAGGGCAAGAUUGCUCUGCACGAGUCGGAGAAGAAGAACAAAGCGUUGAAGGAGGAGUUGGACUACGAAAAGCAAUGCCAUGCGGAGGAGAUCAUCACAUUGGUCGAGGAGCGGGACGAGGCCUUGAGAGGUGCGAGCAUACCUGCUCCCGAUACGUACAACCACGAGGGGGUCCUUGUCGAUCUGUUGUCUUGA